GGGAGGUCCCAGGGUCCCGGGUUGGGGGGGUAGAGCAGCACUUCGUCGCCGCGGGGGUGCCGGGACUCCGGCCGCAGUGCCGCCGCCAUCACGGACUUCCUGUGGGACAAGCGCACGGGCCUCGCCGCCAGAACGAUGCCUCAUCCUCGAAGGUACCAUUCCUCAGAGCGAGGCAGCCGGGGGAGUUACCGUGAACACUAUCGGAGCCGAAAGCAUAAGCGACGAAGAAGUCGCUCCUGGUCAAGUAGUAGUGACCGGACACGACGGCGUCGGCGAGAGGACAGCUACCAUGUCCGUUCUCGAAGCAGUUAUGAUGAUCGUUCAUCCGACCGGAGGGUGUAUGACCGGCGAUACUGUGGCAGCUACAGACGCAACGAUUAUAGCCGGGAUCGGGGAGAUGCCUACUAUGACACAGACUAUCAGCAUUCCUAUGAAUAUCAGCGGGAGAACAGCAGUUACCGCAGCCAGCGCAGCAGCCGGAGGAAGCACAGACGGCGGAGGAGGCGCAGCCGGACAUUUAGCCGCUCAUCUUCGCAGCACAGCAGCCGGAGAGCCAAGAGUGUAGAGGACGACGCUGAGGGCCACCUCAUCUACCACGUCGGGGACUGGCUACAAGAGCGAUAUGAAAUCGUUAGCACCUUAGGAGAGGGGACCUUUGGCCGAGUUGUACAAUGUGUUGACCAUCGCAGGGGUGGGGCUCGAGUUGCCUUGAAGAUCAUUAAGAAUGUGGAGAAAUACAAGGAAGCAGCUCGACUUGAGAUCAACGUGCUGGAGAAAAUCAAUGAGAAAGACCCUGACAACAAGAACCUCUGUGUCCAGAUGUUUGACUGGUUUGACUACCAUGGCCACAUGUGUAUCUCCUUUGAGCUUCUGGGCCUUAGCACCUUCGAUUUCCUCAAAGACAACAACUACCUGCCCUACCCCAUCCACCAAGUGCGCCACAUGGCCUUCCAGCUGUGCCAGGCUGUCAAGUUCCUCCAUGAUAACAAGCUGACACAUACAGACCUCAAGCCUGAAAAUAUUCUGUUUGUGAAUUCAGACUAUGAACUCACCUACAACCUAGAGAAGAAGCGAGAUGAGCGCAGUGUGAAGAGCACAGCUGUGCGGGUGGUAGACUUUGGCAGUGCCACCUUUGACCAUGAGCACCAUAGCACCAUUGUCUCCACUCGCCAUUACCGAGCACCAGAAGUCAUCCUUGAGUUGGGCUGGUCACAGCCUUGUGAUGUGUGGAGUAUAGGCUGCAUCAUCUUUGAAUACUAUGUGGGAUUCACCCUCUUCCAGACCCAUGACAACAGAGAGCAUCUAGCCAUGAUGGAAAGGAUCUUGGGUCCUAUCCCUUCCCGGAUGAUCCGAAAGACAAGAAAGCAGAAAUAUUUUUACCGGGGUCGCCUGGAUUGGGAUGAGAACACAUCAGCUGGGCGCUAUGUUCGUGAGAACUGCAAACCGCUGCGGCGGUAUCUGACCUCAGAGGCAGAGGAACACCACCAGCUCUUCGAUCUGAUUGAAAGCAUGCUAGAGUAUGAACCAGCUAAGCGGCUGACCUUGGGUGAAGCCCUUCAGCAUCCUUUCUUCGCCCGCCUUCGGGCUGAGCCACCCAACAAGUUGUGGGACUCCAGUCGGGAUAUCAGUCGGUGACGAUCAGGCCCUGGGCCCCCCUGCAUCUUUUAUAGCAGUGGGUGUCCAGUCCAGGACACUGGUGCUUUUUUAUACAAGAGAACGAGCCAGAGUUCACUCCUUCCUCCUGGCUCUCUAUAAUAUACCUGUGAAUAUGUGAAAUAGUGUAAAUAUGAAAGAACUUGUACCUAUCACUUCAACCCCUGCCUUGUACAUAAUGCUAUUCCAUCCACACAGUUUCCACCCUCACCUGCCCCCUCAUACGGAGUUGGAUGGGGGCCGAGUGAGGUAACCAGGUGGCAUCUACCCCAUGUUUUAUAAGGAAUUUUGUACAGUCUUUGUGAAAUAAAAUAACGUGCUUCAUUUGACCCCCA